CGGGGGGGUGGUAGAGUUUUGAGCAGCAAUGGAGGGAGAUUCGAGCAGAAGGGAGGAGAUGGGAGCGGGGGGAGGUGUGUUGGAGGCAGAGGAGGGGGGAGAUUUCUAUCACGAGCUCGCUGAAAAUUUCGACUUGAUGAAACGCCAAAGUAACAAUGUUAAAAGAGCUCAACUGCAGCUGGCAAAGGCGGAGAUGCGGAGGGAUGUGCGGAGAGAAGAGAUGAGGGAACUGUCGGAGGAGAUGGCCAAGGCAAAAAGCACGCUGGCGGAGUGCGAGCGAGAAGCAGGGUGCUUGGAGGGUGAGAUAGAGGCGAUGGCUGUCCAGUUGGGAAGGAGGGAGGCUGGUGACGAGCCAGGGGGUCCUCGCAGCAGCAACAGCAGCAGGGGGGGGGCGGGGGCGGGGGCGGCGGAAAGGGAAGAAGGCGAGGGAGAAGGUGAGGGGGAGGUGGUAGCGUCAAGUUGGAAUCGACAGAACGACAUUGCGGUCGUAGAGAAGAUGCGCAAGGCACAGGAAGACCUGGAGGCGAAGAAGAGCGAGAUUCGGCUUUUGCAAGAGCAGCUAGAAGGGAUGGAAACGAUGACAGCACAGUGGAGGGCGAGCGAGAGCGAAGUGGAAGAGCUGCGGCGACAGGUGGAGAUGGCCACUCAGCACGCGAAAGCCGGCGAGGAGAAGCUGGUCGCCUCCGAGUGGACAGUCGCGCAACUCGGCGGAGCUCUGCAGAAAGCCAAGCAGUGUAUUCAUCAGAAGGAGCGCAGCGAGACCGAACUGUUCGGCCGCUUGGUCAGACUGGAGAGGGAGUGUGAGGUGUGGAGAAAGGACUGCGGCGAGCUGGAGGAGGAACUCGAUCGGGCGUAUGAAGAUUUGAAGAAGGAGCAGGAGCGGACGCAAGCGUUGGGCGGCGACCUGACGAGGCUUCGGUCUCUGGUCGAGGAGCUGCGAGUCAGCGAGGCGGCUGCCAAGGAGAUGGCGGCCAAGCUUGAGAGCGACCGGUCGCGCGAACAGCGCCGGGCGUGCGAAGAUUUCGAGAAAGAACAAGAGCGGGCGGAAGCGUUGGGCGGCGAAGUGACGAGGCUUCGAUCUCUGGUCGAGGAUCUGCGAGCCAGCGAGGCGGCGGCCAAGGAGAUGGCGRCCAGGCUUGAGAGCGACCGGUCGCGCGAACAGCGCCGGGCUUGCGAAGAUUUGAGGAAGGAACAAGAGCGGGCCGAAGCGUUGGGCGGCGAAGUGACGAGGCUUCGAUCUUUGGUCGAGGAUCUGCGAGUCAGCGAGGCGGCGGCCAAGGAGAUGGCGACCAGGCUUGAGAGCGACCGGUCGCGCGAACAGCGCCGGGUGGAGGACCUGAACGCCGAGCUGCAGGCGCAGCAGGUGGAGGUGGAGAGAGAGAGGGAGGAGGUGCGCAGGUUGCAGGAGAUGUGGACGACGUCUCAGGAAGAGGUGGAGAGAGAGAGGGUGGAGUGGCGGGCAAGAUUGGAGCAGGAGUCGCUGAGGCGCGCGGCGGAGAACAAGGCCCGGCUGCAGAAACAGGAGGAGGAGGAGGAGGAGGAGGAGAGGAGGCGGGGGGAGGCGGGGGGAAUCGUGAGCGACGAGCUCGAUGCGCAGCAGACGGAGAUUGCGAAGCUGAAGGCGGAGCUGCUCUCUCAGGUGGAGAAGGCCAAGGACAUGGAGCGCAGAAUGCAGGAGAGCGCGAUCGACGCGCGGAAAGAGGCGGAAAAGGCGUGCCAAGCGCAAGCCGAUCUGCAGGAGAAGGAGUCGGAGAUCCGAGGGCUCAAGACGAGGCUCAACUUCUACGUGGGCAAAGUGAGGGGGAUGGAGGAGGAGAUCGAGUGCUUGAAGUCGCAGCUCGACAGCGCGCUGCAGGGCGACUCGGACUCUCCGACGGGCGGUAGGUUCGACAAAGAGGAGGACGAGGCGAAGGAGGAGGAGGAGGAGGAGAGGAGGCAGCUCCUGCUUGAUAACAGGCUCCGCAGGGAUAUGGAGAACAUGCGAAUGCGGCUGGUGGAGAUGGAGGAGGUAAUUAAACGCUACGAGAAAGAGCUGGAAGACAGAGUGAUGGAAGAGAUCAGGCUCAGCGACGAGCUCACGCGAGUGCGGGAAGCCGCAAGCAAUGACAUCGCAGAGCUGGAGCAGGACCUCGAGAGGGCGUUCGUUGCGCUGACCGACGGGGAGAAGAAGUACGACUCCCUCGUGGAAAAGCUGGGGGAGGCGGAGAGAAGAAUGCUUGCGCUGCAGAUGCAAGAGGAAGAGGCGCAGCGCAGGAUCGACUGCAUACUGCGGGACAUAGACGUGAAGGAGGAGACGAUAAGCGCUCUGGAGGAGGAGGUCAGGCAGAAGGAAGCCCGUCUGUGUGAAAUGGAGGAGAGGGAGAAGCUGCAUGUCCAGGAACGCUCGAGGCUUCUGACAGUGCUGAAGAAGAGAGAGGAGGAGGUGGAAGCGCUCAGGAGGGACGAGAGAGGAGGCGGUGAAAAGCCGCGGCGGAACAAGGGGGGAGAGGAUGAUGAGGAUGAUGGCGAUGGUGAUGAUGAUGAUGAUGAUGAUGAAUCACGGAGGAGGAGGACGCCGAGGGGAUCCUACAUCCAGCGGCAGCAUGCAGCUUGGAGGUUGACGGGCUGCUAUGGCGAUGGUGGUGGUGGCUAUGGAGGAGGAGAUGGCGGGAGAGAGGAGGAACUCCUCAAGCGACUGGACCAGAGGGAGAGGGAGCUUCAGAAGCUGCACGGCAAGGUUGGGCAGAUGGUGUUUCUGUCGGGACGACUGAGGAGGUCGGAGGCGGAGAAGGAGGGAUUGAGAAACGUGCUCUCAGAGCUGAGCAGGGAGCUGAAGAGGAGGGAGCACGAGCUGAGGGAGGCUGACGACAAGGAGAAUACUAUGACGCUCCAAAUCGAAGCGAUGGCGUGGGCGGUGGAGGCGAAGGAGAAGGAGGUGGAGAGGUUGGAGACCGAGGUGCGCAACAUGAGGGCGGAGUUCGAUGGAACCGGCGCCGAGGUAAGGGAGCUGGAGGACAAGAUGAAGCGCAUGAGUGGCAUCAUGGCGGAGCUGGAGCGGAAGAAGAAGGAGGUGUCGGGGGAGACGGCGCGGAGCCGAGAGCGGAUGGCGCGCAAGCUGCAGAAGCUGAACGAGCAGAUGCUGGCGGAGACCCAGCGAUGCCAGGCGGCUAUGGCCGACCUCGACGCGUCGGCUGCCGAGAUCCAAGCGAGGGACAGGCAGCUGGGACACUUGAUGUACACGAUCAGGGAGAUGGAAGCGCAGAGGAAGAAGACCGCGGCGAUGGCGGAGGAGGAGAGAAGGGACAGAGACCGCCGGCAGCAAGCGCUCGAGGCGGAGAUCGGACGGCUGAAGAAGUCUCUGGCGCAGUCAGAGACCGACCUGCAGAAGGCGACAGAAGAGAAGACGACCAAGGAACGGCUCCUUGCCGACCUCCAGAAAAGGCUGGAAACGAUAGAGAAAGAACUCGCGGAGAAGAACGAAGCGCUCGACCUGAUCGGCAGAGAGAUGGCGGUGCUAGCGAAGGAGCUCAGCGAGAGGAACGAGGCGGUCGUUGCGCUGCGGACGCGCGUGCAGGAGCUGGAAGGGCUGACGACGACCGGUAGCACACAACACCAGUGGGAGGAUGACACGUCGGAUGAGCCCGACGCGUACGAUCUCAGCUAUGCCUUUGCAGAUACCGAUCCCAGCACGAAGCAGUCUCGAGUGAAUGGCAAGUAUGCCUAUGCCGAUGCCGAUGCCGGUGAGGGGGAGGGGGAGGGAACAUUCCCCCCCGUCAUCUUAAGGGCAAGCGGCGGAAAGGUUGAUGUGUGUGCGCGGAUGUCGGAGAGCGAGAUCGAUGUCGACGAGCUUGGCUCCUCGUCGAGUGGAAGGUUGACCGACGUCCAUGCUUGUGAGGAUAAGGUGUUCGAAAGGGAGUCGAGUGUUGUUGUUCGUGGGGAUUGUGGGGGGUAUAGGAACUGGAUGGAGGAGGUGGGCUUCGUCAAGCCCCACGUGUCGUUGAGAAGGAUACCACGAGGACGAGACGGAGGGGGGUUGCCGCGCGGAAGACAACCUACGACCGGUCGUACGUGUAGCAGUUGGAGGAUAGCCCACGGAUCUCAGGAAGUGACUCAGGGGGAAAGAGAGGGGGGAGGGGCGGGGGGGGCCUCGGACGAUGCCUCCGAAGAGGAGGAUGGCUCCUUUUGCUCACUCAACCUGCAGGACGGGUUUCAGCAACGACCUGGUAGUGUACGACCGGGCGACCGGACGCACGGGACGGUCGGCGCGGGGCACAAUGACUGGUAUGAGGGGUUGUCGGAAAGCAGCUCCGGUCGUUGGUCGCUCAAUGUCGGGGAUCACUGGGGAGAUGUAUGAUUAGUAAAUAGAAUCGAGAUGG